AUGGGACAAAAUGACCAAAUAGUACCAAAUGCACUCCAAAGAACAACCAGCUGCAAAAACACAAACAAAGUAACGCCGGCCGGCCUCACCCGGUCGUCCACCACCACGUCUGCCCUCAUCCCGGCCGCUUCCCACCACACCCGCCGCCCACCCGUCAGGCUCGUCUCCUCCUUACUCCGCUCCCUCCUCUCGGUCCUCGCCCUCCCCACUUGCCGGUGGCUCGGCAAUAUCCCGCCGCCGGCCGGGGGUUUUAUUCCGGCGGCGGCUGCCCCUUCACUCGGUCGUAAGGUCACCGGAACCCUAUUCGGUCGGCGGAGGUGUCACGUCAGCUUCGCCGUCCAGGACGACCCGAGGUCAGAGCCGGCCCUCGUUAUAGAGCUGGCGGUCUCGACGUCGGCCCUCGUGAGGGAGAUGUCGUCCGGGCUCGUCCGGAUCGCGCUCGAGUGUGAGAGGAGGCCGCCUGCGCCGGCGCUCUACGGAGAGGCGUCAUGGACGAUGUACUGCAACGGGAGGAAGUGCGGUUACGCGGCGGGGAGGGCUUGUGCGGAGUCGGACCGGCACGUGCUGAGGACGGUCGGGACGGUGUCGGUCGGAGCCGGGGUGAUUCCGGUGUCGGACGGCGGCGGCGAGGAGGCGGCGGAAGGGGAGGUGAUGUACAUGAGGGCCCGGUUCGAGAGGGUGGUUGGGAGCCGGGACUCGGAGGCUUUCUACAUGUUGAACCCGGACGGCGGUGGUGGGCCGGAGCUUAGUAUUUUUUUGCUUAGAAUUUGA